CCACCAACACACCCACACACCCAAUCCCAUAGUCAUCUAGCUGAGAAGGUUCACAACAAGAAGAAUACACCAGAUCGACAUGGAGUCUAAAUUCGCUCUUCUCGCAGUCUGCCUGGCUGUGGUUUCCACGUUCAUCGCCCAACAUGGACGGGUUAGAGGACAACUCCCCCCACCUGUGUGUCAGACCUGGAACUCCACAACUGUGGUGUGUACAGGGGAUGUAUGGGACAGUCCAACGAACGCCCGUCUAAGCCAAAUACCAACCGACAUCCCCGAUUCUGUAAUCAUAGUGAAUCUCAGUUGGAACAACAUAACUAACCUGUCCAACCACUCGUUUAGAGGGUUAAGGAAUCUGAAAUCCCUAGACCUGUCUUAUAAUAAUCUAACGACCAUCGAGCGUAUCGACAAGGUACACAUACCCGGGUUGGACCAACUGACAUAUCUGGAUCUCAGUCAUAACGACAUCACUACAAUUAAACAAUCCGCCUUCCGUGAACUAUCGCGGCUCAGCUUUCUUGAUCUCAGUUACAACCUUGUACAAAAUAUAGUAGAGAAAACAUUUGAAGGUUUGGGCAACCUUACACACUUAAACCUGGCGUUCAACGGGAUAACGGUGAUAGGGGAUGCCUUUCACAGUCUGUUCGAAUUAACGGAUUUGAAUAUGAGGGGAACUAGCUUAGCUGGCUUCAACCAAACGGCACUGGGUCCUGUUGUCAAUAGGCUGACGAGAAUUGACGUUUCAGACAACCCGUUUCUGUGCGAUUGUAACCUACUGUGGUUUGUUGAGUGGGCCCAUGACACAUAUGACAGGGUGCUGAAUCUGUACAACCCUUAUCCUGGCGCUGGUCGAAGCUAUACAUGUUCUCGUCCAGAAAAACUGGGCGGAAGACGUUUAAUGGAUGGGCUGGCACAGAGACGAACUAAUGACAGACAGCAGUCAACGGAAAGCAUGUUCUUCGACAUGGACUGUAGUCAUGAAUUCCGGCCCAACCGCCUCCUGGCAUGUGUACUCGCCUCUUCGGGCAUCUUCGUCGCCAUGGUGACCAUUUUCCUGGUCAACUACCACGUCGGCCGUGUUCAGUACUACUUGUGGAUGCUGGCCAAGUGGAGUAGACCGAAGAUUGAGAAAACAUUUGAAGGUUUGGGCAACCUUGAACAUCUAAAGCUGGCAGCCAACACGAUUACAGUGGUUAAACAAUCCGCCUUCCGUGGACUAUCGCGACUAAGAUCCCUGGAUCUCAGUGACAACAGGAUACAGUAUGUAACAGAGAUGACAUUUGAAGGUUUGGGCAACCUUACACACUUAAACCUGGCGUUCAAUGGGAUAACGGUGAUAGGGGAUGCCUUUCACAGUCUGUUCGAAUUAACGGAUUUGAAUAUGAGGGGAACUAGCUUAGCUGGCUUCAAUCAAACGGCACUGGGUCCUGUUGUCAAUAGGCUGACGAGAAUUGACGUUGCAGACAACCCGUUUCUGUGCGAUUGUAACCUACUGUGGUUUGUUGAGUGGGCCCAUGACACAUAUGACAGGGUGCUGAACCUGUACAACCCUUAUCCUGGCGCUGGUCGAAGCUACACAUGUUCUCGUCCAGCAAAACUGGGCGGAAGACGUUUAAUGGAUGGGCUGGCACAGAGACGAACUAAUGACAGACAGCAGUCAACGGAAAGCAUGUUCUUCGACAUGGACUGUAGUCAUGAAUUCCGGCCCAACCGCCUCCUGGCAUGUGUACUCGCCUCUUCGGGCAUCUUCGUCGCCAUGAUGACCAUUUUCCUGGUCGACUACCACGUCGGCCGUGUUCAGUACUACUUGUGGAUGCUGGCCAAGUGGAGUAGACCGAAGAUUGGCGAAGCAAAGGACCAAGAGCCGCCCAGAUACACGCACGAUGCUUUUAUUGCCUACAACAACCAGGACGUCUUGUGGGUUGUAAAUGAAGCAAUAGAGAACUUGGAACCUGACUACAGCCUGGUCAUACACGAAAGGGACUUUGCCGUCGGCGCUCCUAUUGUAGAAAACAUCGCGGAUGCCGUGACACAUAGUCGAAGAACCGUCUGCCUCAUCACCAGGAACUUCCUGAAGAGUAAGUGGUGCGAGUACGAGUUCCAGCUGGCCCAGUACCACAUGUUUGAGGAGGGGGGAGGGAGGCGUCUCAUCCUGGUGUUUCUGGAGAGUAUUCCUGGCCGAAUGCUAAAACAGUUUCACCAUCUGAACGCCGUAAUGAAGAGAGACACGUACCUGGAGUGGCCACUCGACGUGCGGAAAAGGCCGCUGUUCUGGAGGCGGCUGCGAUACGCUCUGGGCGAUCCCCUACCCCGCGACCCAGAUCCUCAUCUGCAGGUUGUGGCACCGGAACAGAACAUCCCGGAACAGCGGGUACAAGCUCCGGAACAGAACAUUCCGGAACAGCGUUUACAAGCUCCGGAACGGCGGGCACAAGCCCCCAUGCGGAACAUUCCGGAACAGCAAGAUGAACUUGGGCCAAUAAAUGACGAGUGGUUCGGUGAAAGAGAUGAUGUACCCCUUCUUCCACUGUAA